AUGGCAAGACAUAAAUCUACAUAUGCCACACUUGAUCAUGAUGAGAGAGAUGAGGCUAUCAAGACUGAUAUCAAUCAGAACCAGAGAAUGAAAGACAGAAUGGCAGAACCAGACAUCUUUGGUGUCCAACUAGAGGUGACAAGUCGUCUGUUAGAUGCCGAGAAGAGAAGAUUACAGGUCCUGUCUAAAGAGCUGAGAUCUAAACAACCUGACGUCGUCCAAGAAUAUCAAGAUGCACGGAAGCAAAGAGACUUUGAAAGACGGAAAGCUUAUCUCGCACGCCUUCAACUACAGCAUGAUGUGCUUGAGAGAGAAUUCCGAGAUGCAGCGUUGGGAAUGUACAAGAGAUAUCACAGGGGAGCUAAGGUAGGUUCUAUGGUGGUGCUUAAUGGUAAUUGUGAUAAUAAAAAUGGAAAUGCUGGUAUUUUAGAGUGCUCAAUGCUUCUCAUUUCCUUUCUGAAGUAUUGUUACCCUAGGGUUUAAUGGCCCCUGUAGGAAUAAGUAUAAACUUACAUAACAAGGAAUUGAAAUUGUUAUCUGUUUCACUUUUAAUGCAUAUUAACUGUUAGGAGUAUGUUACGAUUUAACAACAUGCAUAUAAACUGUUGUUAAUUUGCAUGUUGUUAACUCGUAGCAUACCGCAUGAGUUGCAGCUCAAUGCAGAAUCAUGCAUAUGACGUUCAAUGUUAGGAUUGAAGCUUAUAGUGCAAGAAUAAUGCUUGAUGGCUGUAUUCCGUGUAAAAAAUACAUUUAUUGCAUUCAGAAUUGGCUCCUUAAACCAUCUUAUUGCAUUAAAUGUUCUCAUCUUGAAUAAAAGUUAUUCUGCGGUAAUGCAACAUAAAUAUUUACAUACUGUUGGAGAAGUUUCUGUAGGGGCAUGGAAUGACAGUUCACUUGGGAUAAGAAGAAGUAAAGUGAAGAAUAGAUGAAAUUAAAAUUGAAUGUGAAAGAGGGAGAGAGAGAUAGAGAGAUGAAAAAAUAUAGGGAGAGUCUGAAACCUGUAUUCUGAAUUCGGGUUUGAUUAAGAGUGGUCUGCAGUUCUGGGGCUCGUAACAAAACUUAGCAAUGAUCGUAGAACAUUUUUCUACGAUUGAUUCCAUUGACUACAGUGUACAAUCAAUCAUUAAAAUCAAGCGUACGAUUAUUUCAUUUUUGUUUUUAUUUUAUUUCAUUUCCAGGUACACAUUAUACUUGUAACAAUAGUCAUAUUCAUUACAUUGAAAAUGAUCAUCAUGCAAUAUCCAAUAUACAAUGUCAAAUAAUAAUGAUUAAAAAAACACACACAAAAAUUUGUGUCACGGGACCCUGGUUUAACCAUGGGUAGCCCCCCAAAAAAUUACUACAUUGAAUAGGUUCAUUUCAUCUGCUUAGUUGGCACUCAAAUCAUUCCUAACUGCGUAUAGGGAUAAAAAGUAAAAUACUUUUCUUCACCAUUAAAGCAUGGAAAUAGAACAUAGCAAAUGCAAGGAGUUACUCGUAAAUGUAAAAAUAAACAGAAUUAUUACUUCUUUGGCUUCGCGUGAUUUUAUCUUUUAAAAAGUGGAGAAGUUCAUCUAUCAACGAUAACAGUGAUUGGCGGCCCCAAGCCUUGGAAGGUCUGGAGACAAAAUAGAAUUUAAUUCUAACCACAGAUUAACCUUUCGAGUUGAUUUUUACUUCUGCCUCUCUGUAUUCUGUCGGGAUGAAAAAAAAAAUGUUGAUGUCUCUCUUAAAUUGAGCAGCAAGGUAAAAGGAACCUCGGCAUAUCAAGCUCCAAUUAUUUCCUUCCUAAAUGGACCAGACCAUACCCUAGACCCCUGCGGCGAGAAACUGCAUGUAGUCCGAAGUCGAUGGGGUUAUGCUGCCCUCUUUGGUUCAGUAGAAGAAAGGGUGUAUGCACAUUGUACCUUUUUAUUUGGGACAUUUAACUUUGAUGCCGAUACAUAUAAUUGCAAAGUCAUCAAGACAUCUAUGAAAAUGAAAGUUUGUUGAAGAUUUUCUCUUUGAAGUUGAAUGUUCAGUUUUGUGGUCUGUGAUUUGUACAGUUAUUGUUACUGGGGGAGGGGAGAUUCUCUGGGAUUAUUUACAUUACCAUUUACUAAUGAAACAUCUGUUAAUUACCCAACCUUCUUUUCUCUUAGAUUAAUAGAUUCUUAAGAUAUCAUUAAAUGUAUUUGGUCUUAUAAUCCUUCCACACUUUGGUUUAAAUAUGAUUGAAGUUUUAGAAACGAUACACUCUUAUUUUUUCCACAAGACUUUUUUCUCUCUAUCAGCAACAUUUCAAAUUUAGUCUAGCAAAUAGGAGUAGGAUUCACAAACUUCUGGGAUACAUUUGCAUGGAUAAGAUUGGUUGCCAAGCACCCCUACCCACUCAACAUUGCCGAAAACUUUUCCUGUAUAGUGCCAUCUUGUGGCGGCUACUGUGAACCAAACAACGUUCAGCAUAUGACAGAUAUGCCAAUGUCAUAUAUAGUGUGUGGUUUUGAGGGGACUACCUUAAACUUGUAAGUAAGAAAAAAGUUGUACAGUGCCAUCUAAUGUUGAAUAGUUGAAGAAGAAUAAAUGCCCACAGUGUUUUGAUUUAGGCCACACACCUCUAAUUAGCUCCGGUCAUAUGAGGGAAUUUCCCUCAACCUGCACCUUGAUUGACAUAAUACUAGUAUAGAAAUUAUCUCUUAUGCAAUCAAUGAUGCACAUCUGAAAACAUCUUUUUUGCACUUGAACAUAGAUUGGAAACAUUACUGUUUCAGAUUAGUCUGAUGAGGCAGUUAUGGUUGGUCCUUUUUUAUUUUAUGGGGACUUGAUUAGUUGCCCAAGAAUAAUUAUUAUCACUGUUGCUGCAGUCCAGUUUCAGGGUACUGUGGUCUGCAGACUUCAUACCAAGAU